CAGUUGCAAAAGAGCAGGGGUGUGGCUUCACAAAUAAUUCUUUGAAUUUCUUCUGAGGGCUCCUGCGCUAUGAGAGUCCUGGAGGAUUUUUCACUGAAGGAUAAGCUCGAAAAAUCAGAGGAAGACAGUGUUUAAUUGCUGAAGGGGAGACCAUAUUCCUGAGGCUGGUGCUGAAUUCUCUGCGGUGGUUCCAAGUGGCUCUGAGCAGGAUGGCAGUGAUCUCUUGGCUGGCUUGUCUCUUGGCUUGUUUGCAGUGUCUGUGGACCCCAGCUGAUGGUGGGAAGCUGUUGGUUAUUCCUGUUGAUGGGAGCCACUGGCUAAGUAUACAACUCAUAGUAGAGGAGAUCCAUGGCAGAGGACAUCAGGUAGUUAUUGUGAAACCCGAAAAUAGCUUGCUGAUCAAGACUCCGCUUCACUACACCACCAUAUCCUUCCCCAUUUCCUACAGCAAAGCUGAGGUGGAUGAGUUAUAUGAAAGCCUUAUACAGAUGGCUUUUUAUGAUGGGACAUUUUACCAAAAGCUGAGCCAAACCCUGCAACAUGUAAGUAAAGUCAGGCAGUACUUCCUUGGCAUCUGUAAAGAUCUCUUGUUUAAUACCAGGCUUCUAGAGGAUCUGGCCAAAGAGCAUUUUGACGCUUUGCUGACUGACCCCUUUGUACCCUGUGGUGCCAUUGUUGCGGAAUAUCUCUCCCUGCCCACGGUCAACCUGCUGCGAGGACUCCCUUGCGGCUUGGACAAUUCAGCCACACAGUGCCCCAGGCCGCUCUCCUACGUGCCGAGAAUUUUCACCGGGAACACCGACCAAAUGACUUUCCUCCAAAGGACUCUGAACGUGCUAGCCAAUUUUGGCGAGUCGCUGCUGUGCUGGUACAUCUACUCCCCUUUCGAGGAGCUGGCCCAGAGGUUCCUGCAGAGAGACGUGACCGUGGUCCAACUACUGAGUAAGGCCUCCAUCUGGCUGAUGCGUUAUGACUUCACCAUUGAGUACCCAAAGCCCCUGAUGCCAAAUAUGGUGCUAGUGGGCGGCAUCAACUGCCAGGAGAGGAAACCUUUAUCACAGGAUUUAGAAGAGUUUAUGAACAGUUCUGGAGAACAUGGAGUUGUGAUCUUCUCCUUGGGGUCAAUGAUGGCAGACAUGCCAAUCAGAACAGCCAAUCAGAUUGCUGCAGCAUUGGGUCAAAUUCCUCAGAAGGUGCUGUGGAGGCACGCUGGAGAAACCCCUUCAAAACUGGGAUCAAAUACUAAACUGGUGAAGUGGCUACCACAGAAUGAUCUGCUGGCACAUCCUAAAACGCGAGCUUUUCUGACCCAUGGAGGGUCGCAUGGAGUCUAUGAGGCUAUCUGCAGUGCUGUUCCAAUGGUAUUAUUGCCCUUGUUUGCGGACCAGAUAGAAAAUGCAGAACGUAUGAAGCAUCGAGGAGUUGGUGAAGUCAUGAGUUUGAAAGCUCUCUCCUCUCAGGGUCUAAUCGAAGCCUUGAACACAGUCAUCAAUGAUACCAGAUACAAGGAAGUCAUCACCAAGAUGUCUUCUCUCUACAAGGAUCGCCCAAUGCAGCCCCUGGAGAUCUCUGCCUACUGGGUGGAGUUUGUGAUGAGGCACAGAGGAGCCGAGCAUUUAAGAGCUGCCGCUCACGACUACAACUGGAUCCAAUACCAUUGCCUGGAUGUCAUUGGAACUCUUGCCGCUGUGGUCUUUCUGUUCUUCUGCUUGGUGUUCAAGUGCUGUUUGUUCUGUCUACGCAGGGCAAAAGGUCGAGCAAAGAGGAAGUGUGACUAAUGUGCCUUUUUUCUGAAAACAAAGUGAGCCUUCCUCAGACCCUGGCUGGAACGGAAGGAUAAUCAACAAUAGUUAAACAAUUGCUACUGGACUGGCUUUUCAUCCCCAGAGUUUAUUUUUAGCACAAAUUUCACCACCUGCGAAGGUGGGAUUCAAAACUGUAUCCCUGAUCAUGAACCCAGGGUUCUUGAUUGCUGUCCAGUGACAUUACCACUGCUUCUGUUACACAAAGGCAAUUUUUGUGUUUGGCCAUGAGUGAAGGAGGAUAUAUGGACUUCAUUCAAAAUGGAACAAGUAUUUGAAUCAGGAACACCUUUCACAGUUUUACCUACCCGAAUAACCAGAGCUGAAGCCAUUGUAUGACAUUUCAUCCCAUGAAGGAAGACUAAUCUGGGGACUUUCCAUUCUUCUUGUUGCAUCACAACGUGAACACAGUAGAGGUCUUGAAUGAAUGACCUGAAAAGCUGGCAAAAGCACAAUCAGUGAUAACAUCAACAGCAAAUCAAAUGCUUGAAAAAAUGAAAUUUGCAGGGCCACAGAGAUAAGGCUGUGCCUUUAGUUUGUGCUCCCUAAGCUCUGAAGUUCCCUCUGCCUUCCCUACCUCUUGCUUCUCCUUUGACAUUUUCUAGAAUAUGUGGAUUGGGCGUGCUAAAUUGCCCACAGUGUCCAGGGAUGUAUAGACUAGGUGGAUUAGAUUAGAUUCCUUACAGUGUGGAAACAGGACCUUCGGCCCAACAAGUCCACACCGCCCCUUGGAGCAUCCCACCCAGACCCAUCCCCCUAUAACCCACACACCCCUGAACACUAUGGGCAAUUUAGCAUGGCCAAUCCACCUAGCCUGCACAUCUUUGGACUGUGGGAGGAAACCAGAGCAUCUGGAGGAAACCCAUGCAGACACGGGAAGAAUGUGCAAACUCCACACAAACAGUCACCCGAGGCUGGAAUUGAACCCGGGUCCCUGGUGCUGUGAGGCUGCAGUGCUAACCAUUGAGCCACCAAGCCGUCCCAAAUUAGCCAUGGGAGAUGCAGGGUUACAGGGAUCUGGCAUGGGAUUGGGUCUGGGUGGGAUUCUCUUCGCAGAAUCGAUAAAGACUCAAUGGGCAAAUAGCCCGCUUCCACACUGUGAGAUUCUAUUUUAUAAUUCAGUACCCUUUAUCAGUGGGAGAGAAGGUAAACAGGAGGCAUGGAGAGCUGAGGGGACUGGAGAGCAAGAAGGGUGGAAGAAAAUCCAAAGGAGAGAUAGAUUUGGAAAUAGGGAUGUGUGAAAGCAGCAGUGAGGGGCAUGAGGGCACGGAGAAUGGGUGAAGGAGUGGGAGAUGGGAGGGAUGGACAGAGCUGAGUGUAAACAGGAUAGAGAAGGACAAUGGGGUAUUUUGAUAGCUCUUUCAAAGAGCCGGCAUAGGUGCAAUUGGUCAAAUAGCCUCCUCCUGUGUUACAUGAUUCUGUAUAUUGGAUGUAUGGAGAUAUGAAGUACACAGGACUAGGCAUUCGGAAUAUCCUGACCCGAUGAUACUGUGUUCAUUACACGGUAGAAAAUGUAUUGCUGAAACAGACUGUCAGAGCUGGUGAGCAGCAUCACGCCUAUAUUAAAGCUUUCCAUGUAACUA